GCUGUCCAGCAUCGUUCAGGAUCUCACUGGCAGCAUCUUUGAUGCUAGCUCCAGCGCCUCCUCGUCGAGUAGCAGCGGCCUCAGUAUUUUGCCUGCAGUCACGGCGACCCCAACAGACACAUCAUCGUCCACGGUUUCAUCAACAGCGUCGAUGACUGAUUCGUCUGCGUCGUCGACAUCAGCCGCUGAUUCCGCUUCCCUGACCACGGCGUCUACGACCGAUUCAUCGGCUUCGUCUUCCUCCUCAUCUGAUACGCCUAGCCAGACUCCUCAGGAGACUGCUUCCACGACCUCAGAUUCGGCCGCGUCUACUGAUACCGCCACGUCAUCGGAAUCGAGCUCGACAGGCUCUACUUCAUCAACUGAUUCAUCGGCGACAUUUACCGGGGCGUCCGUAACAGAAUCCACGCUCUCCACAACCUCCGCCGUCACUUCCUCUUCUACUGAUGCGGGUUUCAUCUCCAGUAUCGUGUCCAGUUUGACCAGUACUCUCUUGACUGGAGACUCGACCACUUCAUCCGUGGAAUCGACCGCCACCUCUGAUUCUAGUUCUACCCCUGUCAGUACGGAUACACCGACCUCGACCACUGCAGAUAGCACGACUUCGAGCCCUGCAACCACAUCCUCCUCUGAUGGCGCCACUGGCUCCGCUGAUACUCAGACGACUUCCUCGAGUGAUGCACCAGCGUCUACGUCAUCUUCCGACAGUGGUAGCACCGUCAGUUCUCCAGCUUCCACAUCGUCGAGCGAAACACAAGCAUCCGCUGCCACGUCGUCCUCUUCGGAUGGAUCUGCGUCAACCACCGCUAACGACUCGUCGGGUAGUACUGAUGCCCCGGCUUCCACAUCAGCGAGUGAUACACUUGCGUCGACUUCUUCGACUGAUGCACCCACAUCAACUUCUUCAGGUGGGGGUAUACUGAGUAGCAGCACCCUUAAUCCCACACAGUCCACCUCAAGCGGAUCAGAAGCACCAGUCUCGACCUCCAGCGGUACAGAUGCACCAACUUCCACAUCAUCAGAUGGCGGGAUCCUAAGUAGCAUUACAAGCAUUCUCAAUCCGUCUCAGUCAACGAUGACCGGUUCAGAUGUAACGGUAUCGACCUCCAGCGGUUCGGAUACGCCGGUUUCCACCUCUUCUUCGGACAGUGGUAGUACAACCAUUUCUAAUCCUCCAGAAUCCACCUCCAGCGGUACCGAUGCGCCUGUGUCUACAACGUCGGAUGGAAGUUCUGUUACCGUCAUUGCCUCCUUGUCCACUGACAGUGGCUCCACCUCAGCGACAGAUUCUAUUUCCAUCUCCAUCUCGGUUUCUGUCCCAGUGACUGUUUCCUCUACUGACAGCGCAUCGGUGACGCAGAGUGGGAGUGUUUCUGCUACUGAUGGUGUGUCAGUGAGCCAGAGCUCAUCAGCGACCGAUAACGUAUCAGUAACGCAAAGUACAAGCGUCUCCGUCACGGACAGUGCAUCGGUAUCAGUGACUCAGAGCGCGAGCGUGUCUGUCACGGAUAGCGCAUCGCUCUCUCAGAGUGGAAGCGUCUCUGCUACGGACAGUGUUUCAGUGACAUCGACCAUGAGCGUCUCCGCUACUGAUGGUGUUUCGGCGACACAAUCCGCAACUUUGUCUGCUACAGACAGCGUAUCGGUCUCUCAGAGCGAAAGCGUCUCUGCUACGGAGAGUGUGUCUGCUUCUCAGAGCGGCAGUGUCUCCGCUACGGAGAGCGUCUCGGCUUCACAGACGGUGUCAGAGAGCGUCUCUGUAACACAAAGUGCCAGUGUUUCCGCUACCAGCAGUGUUUCUGUCACUCAGAGCGGCAGCGACUCCAUCUCCUUAAUAUCGAGUGCCAGUGCAAGCGAAUCAGUAUCUGCCUCGACUACUGGUAGCGAAAGUCAUUCCAUUAUCAGUGAGACGUACACCAACACGGCAACGUUAUCGUCUUCGACCAUCACAUUCCCUUCCGGUACUAGUACUCCGGAGACUGCUACCAUUACCUCCUCUGUAUUCAGUGUGAGUGUGACGACAACCACCGAAUACCAAGUCCCAUCAGAUCUCAGUUUUGUGUUAACGGCGUCCUCGCUCCAGAUCGAUAACCAACCCACAACGACGUCUUCCCAGAGCUUAUCUGAUCCCGACCAGGUCACCACCAGCAUCUCGGAUAUUCCGACCACUGCCGCGACGACGUUUACCGCUGCUAGUCUCCCUACCAAUCUCCCGUCAAGGAUUUUCCCUAAAAACGGCAUGACUGGAGAUGAGGAUCUCACUGGGUUUACCUUCAUCAGCAUCGCGUUCUCGACUGCUACGUUAGGAUGGGUUUAUGUCACUCAAAACUCUCUUACAUCAAGUCAAAUCUUGGCUUACACCCCUGCCAUUUUAGUGAAUGCACUGGGACUGACGAGUAUAUCAAUCAACUAUAAUUCUCUGAGCAGGUGCUAAUAUUCAUAAAUUUGCAGGUGAUCAAGUAAUGUCAUGGUGUCUUCAAGUCAACAUCCCAUCUGGAUACCAGAAUGCGUCCGACGCCGCCCUGCUGCAAACCAUGUGGACCGGGUACAUCCCUUCAGUUGAUGUUGACACGCUCGCGUCUCUUCUCCGUGUCUCGUCAUCUUCAAU